GUUUUUUGCUGCUUCUAACAUAAUCUCUGUGAUGCUUGUGUGAUACGGUCAGUCUUGAUACGGUUUUGGCCUGUAUAAUAAUCUGAAGAUAUUAUUGCGGUGUUUCACUUUAGAUGUACCUGCAUCACUGAAAAUGAAGCCAAAGGAUCACAGUUGUGAGGGUGCCGGGAGAACAACACACUGUAGACUUGCAUCCUACAUGGUCCUAGGGAUCAUUUUGAUCGUCGUCGGUGCUUUGUCUCUUGUUAACAAUCCUGUUCUCACCGUGGCCAAAUACGUGUCACGAAUUUCACCCGGCACCAAGUUCUACGAUGUACUUAACCAGACAAAUUACCCGGGUGCGUAUAUCUACACCUAUAUCUUCAACGUGACCAACGGUGACAGAUUCAUAUCAGGAGAGGAUCACAACCUCAAAGUUGAAGAAGUUGGACCAUUUACUUACCAGGAACUCCGAACAAAUGAAGAUUUUGAAUUGGACGAGGAAGCAGGUGUGAUGCGAUACUCUCCAAACAUCACGACACGUUUCGUUCCCGAACUUUCCAUCGCACACCCGAAAGAUGUUAAUGUGACUGUUUUUAAUAUUGCGAUGUUGGCCAUAACUUCAUACGUAUCGUCGUUCCCCUACUGGUUUCGCGCCACCUUCAACUUACUCGCCAACAGGCUGAACUCAAAGUCAAUAAUUGAAGUGGACGUCUACAGCUACCUCUGGGGCUACAGGGAGCCGCUCAUCCAGCUCGCGCAUAAGGCGCUGCCCGGUUGGAUCCCUUUCGAUGAAAUGGGCAUAUUGGAUAGACUGUACCACAGCGGCAACGUGAGAUUUGAACUUGGGGCAAGAAAUGAAGACAAGUUCCUGAUAAAGAAGAUCAAUGGUAAAGGGGGCCUCGCAGAGAUUGGCUAUGACGACCCUAGCAGGAGAAACCGGUGCAACUCACUUGAAGACACUUACGAGGGUAUGGCGUACCCAGAUGACAUCACUCCCAACACUGCACUGAGGGUGUACCGCAACGCAUUCUGCCGCUUCUUGGACUUGGAGUACCAAGGCUCCAUUCCGAUGGACUUUGGUCUGGAAGGUUUCGUCUAUCGGUUUAGCAACACCACAUUCAAUAAGACACAACAUGACAAUAAAUGCCUGGCUGACCGCCCAGGGAUUCUGGAUGGUGUGUCUGAUUUAUCUCCGUGCUUUUUUGGUCUAGGUCUGGGCUUAUCAAACGCGCAUUUUCUGUACGGAGACCCGAAGAUCUACGAACGUGUCGAGGGAAUAAGACCUGACGAACAAGAACAUGGCAGUAAAAUAAUCAUUGACCCCAAACUGGGUGCAGUAUUAACGACCAAAUUGGCUUUGCAAGUGAAUGUGAUAAUGGACGACGUCAAUUUCAGCUCUGCCGCGAGACCUUUCUCCAGUCUUAUUUUACCUGUAGCUUAUCUUAAGAUGAUACAGCCACAAAUAUCGGAAGAAAGGCAAGCAGAGUUUUGGAGGCUAUAUGUUCUUUUUCCCUGCAUACGCCAUACCUUUGAAGCUGUCUUCAUUGUUAUCGGAAUAUUACUACUGGCUUUUACUGCUAAGCAGUACUACUACUUGACUCGAUUUAUAAAGAAGAACGAAAUGCCAUUCGAACGGAGCAAUAUUCAAACAUCUAAUAUAAUUCUUGAACAACCGUUAUUAGACCAAAAGUCAUCAACAAAUGACAGCGUGAGUUAGAUAAUGACACUUUAAUAUUCCUACAGAAUAUUCAAAUUUUAGCAAAUAUUUUGUCCUACCCCUAAUCUAAGUCGUUAUAAAGAUGAGAGUUUAAAUAAAACACUUUUAAAGGAUUAAAACGCGUGUAACUGUGUUUUUACAUUAGAAUUUUGCGUAAAAAUUACAUUUUUCAGGGGGACUGCAGAUCUGCAGUCCCGAAGAAGAGAUCGAGAACGAGAUCUGGAUAGGUCUUGUAAUGUCGGGUUAAUUAAAAUAAUAAUAAAAAUGUAAGUUUUACAAUUAUUACUUUUUAAUUACACACGUUUUGAUCCUUUUAAAGUGUUUAAUUUAAAUGUGUAACACCAGUUAAUCAGAGAAAUUCUAAAAGGAGAGUUAUCAUCUAACAAGUGGUGCUGCAUUUUUCGUCUGUUUUCGUGUCGUUCGAUAAGCCUAAACAAAAAUCAUUCAGUUUUCAUUGUAUUUAAAAUUAUUUGUACAGGUUUUCUAAUUAUUUAUUUUGUAGAUUACUAUCUGUUUGGGGGAAAAUUAUUACAGGCAGAGGUAAUUUCUUUCACCACGUAAAAGUAUAGGAGAAAUAAAAGAGGGGAUACAUUUAUUUUAGUGUUUCCCAUCCCGAAACAAGUGGAUAUAAAAAAUUUGCUUUUUCUGUUGAUAGAACAAUUCAGCAAAGUACAAUUUUAAAACUAUGUAUAAAUAGAAUUAAAACUAAUAUACAGUGUGAACUCUAUGUAUUAGAUAAUUGAACGAAAGAAUUGGAAUAAUUAAUUUAAAUCAAUAGUUUUACAUAAGCAUUGUCAUUAAAUUACAGUAAGUCAAUAAAUGUCGACAUAGACCAGGGUCGAUAAUUUUUGAAACCAAAAAAAAAAAUAAUAGUAGGAUGAAACCCAUUUGAAAAGGACGAGAAUAUAACAAAAAUUAAAGGAAAAAUAAAUUACGGGCGAUCUGAGGUCGGGAAGUGGAAAGAGGGGGUGGGUGUGUUAGGGUAAAAAUCAAUAAAAAUGAAGAAAAAGGAUAAUUUAACACUGAAUCAGUGUCCUUUUUACAUUUAUAAAUAGAUUUAUUUAAUUGUAAUCCAAUAUUUUUGCUGCUAUAAAAUAACAGGUAUGAUUUCUUUAUGAAAUGCCUCUUGAUGGGCUUAAAUUUCCGAACAUUUACAAUGGUAAUUUAUGUUUUUUUACACCAGCGGAAAGAUUUCAACGAACGGAAAGGACACAAACUUUUUGAUAAAAGCUGAUAUUUUGACGGGUGAUUUACACUAUAACACUUCCCCCCCACUUUCCACUUUCCGACCUCAGAUCGCCCGUAAUUUAUUUUCCCUUUCAUUUUUGUUAUAUUCUCUUCCUUUUCCAUUAAGUUUCAUCCAACAAUUUUUUCACUUUUUAUCAUUUUCAAAGGCUUCAGCACUGCUCUAACACUAGUCGGAGACUGUAUUGUAAAUAAAGCUAUGAUUAACAAUAAUUAUUUAACCAUUUAAAUUUGAAGUAAUUUAUUAUGAAUUUCGAAUAAUUGUGAUUAAAUUUAUUUAAUAAUAAUUGCGAAGGUUAAUAUUAAUAUUUGUUUGUAAUUUUAUGCUUUAUUAUGAAAUCAUACCAUAAUAGUAAAGCAACAAUUAUUUCCAUAUAACGACAGACGUUGAGCGUCGCUUUAAAGAGUUGUACCUGAAUUAAGUGUAAUGUAAUCAAUGCUGAAUCAAAAUUACAAGAUACGGUUUUAACUUUUAACUGCUUACAUCCAAUGUUAGUAUCCCAUUUUAUGACUGUACUAUAUAGGUAGGUUACACAUAUUGAAAAUUAAACUAUUUUAUUUAAAAUUCAAUCAAGGUAUAAAUUAUCUUCCUUUUGAAUGACUAGUCGUAUAGUACAAAAAUCGUGUUUAAAUUGUAUAGUAUUUAAUUAAGUACAAGGUCUAAUUUCAUGUGUAUGUAUGAUAUAGUAAAUGUAUUUUAAUUUAAUAUUUAUUUAAAAAUAUAUACUUAAUAUUCGUAUAAGUUAUCAUUUAUAAUAUUAAUUUUCUGAAGGUAAGUUUGUCAGUAAAAUGUACACAGUCACAAUAUGAUACAGUAUGUUUGUUGCAUCAUUUUACAUAUUAUAAUAUUGUAAUUGAAAUGAUUUGUAAAUCGAUGGAAAUGUAAUUCUUGAUAUAAAAGAGUGGCAAUGCGUUUAUUGCUGCUUCUUCUCAUCAGGUCAACCCUUUACGAAGUAGCGGUAGAUUCAAAAAGAAUAAUAUUUUUUUUGACAUCCAUAAGUGUCAUUUCCGUGAGCCACAUGAAUAAAGUGAUUUUGAUUUCAUUUGAUUGAUUUUAUAUUUUCUUUUAAUUGUACAGUUAUAAGUAUUAUAAUUUUUUAUUAUGUUUUGUCUUAUCGUUUAAGUUGUGUUCUUUCCUUUUAAAUCUAUUACUAAAAUAGAUUUUAUUUUUAAUUUUGUAUAAAUCAUCUUAGUUCAUAGUUACAGUGGUCGCACACUCUUGAGACGAUAACCAGUUUUUAAAGUUGUUUAAGUAUAUUGUUUACAAGCUUAGUGCGAGCCACGCAAAUAUAAAACUACCUUCAUAUGUGUAGCUAAUAAGUUCUGAAAUAAUUUUUAAUCAAUAUGCUUAAGAUUAGUUUAUUUAGGUUUGAAUAAUGUUUUUGUUAAAAUAUAUAUUAGGAUUCUUAUCCGUUGGAAAGAGCGAUCUUCCCGAACACAUGUUCUGCGAACUUGUAUUUACUACGAUUAAAUAAUUUUUUAACUACAA